UUAAAUCUUGGCAGAGUAUCCCUGUAUAUGACCUGCAAUCGAUAUCGAUAUCGACAGCAAUAUUCAGUUUGUGGACAGUUUUUUCUAAUUUACAACGCAAUUAAGUAAUUCAAAAUGCAAGGACUGAGCCUCUCAAGUUUGAAGAAGCAUAAGGCUUUGAUCCCUCUGUAUGUAUGUGUGGGGAUAGGAUGUGGUGGAGCUGUGUUCUAUACUCUGCGUCUGGCUUUGCGUAAUCCUGAUGUAUCUUGGAACAAGAAGACCAACCCUGAACCAUGGGAGGCUUACAGGAACAAGCAGUACAAGUUCUAUUCUCCCAUCAGAGACUACUCUAAGGAGGAAUCUCCUGCCCCCAAAUACUAAACUGUUUUUCUAACAUUGAUCAGUUGUAUUACGAGAAUUUUAGUUGUAUUAAGUUAAAUAAAUAGCAAUAAUGUGAUAA